AUGUAUGACGCCGUUGUCAUCGGAUCAGGAGUCGUCGGACUAUCCAUCGCUCUCGAACUUCAUAAUCGAGGAAUCAAAGUAGCCGUGGUAGCAAGGGACAUAGCGGACGAUUCCAACAGUAUAGGUUUCGCUAGUCCAUGGGCUGGAUGUAAUUGGUAUUCAUUUGCCAACGGUCGAUCGGAUCCAGCGUCAGAAUGGGAUGAAAUCACUUAUAAAGGGUUGGAGAAAGUAGCCAAGGAAAGACCUGAUCUCUGUGAAAAGAUACCAGUGUGGGAUGUUUAUAGUAGAAAGAAGAAGGAGGAAGAGAAACCGUGGUACAAGGAUUUGGUAACUGACUAUAGAGACCUCGAAGCCACUCCCUCAAACCCUCUACCGGGUGGUAAACCAUACGCCACAAAUUUCAAAACAUGGUGUUUGCACGCACCGAAUUACACUCGAUAUCUAGGUGACAAACUUCGUUCACUGGGUGUACCCCUUAUCCGACAUCGACUUUCAUCUCUUGACGAGGCCUACAAUCUCCCUUCGACCGGUAGAGUCAACUUGGUCAUCAAUGCCACAGGUCUAGGAGCUAGGUCGUUGAUUGGUGUGGAAGAUGAGAAGGUCUAUCCUGCACGAGGUCAGACGGUGUUAGUUAAAGCUCCUUGGGUCAAGGAACAGAUAUUUCACGUCGAAGGGUUCUUUGCUGGUAAGGAUCAAGAUGGUGAUGAGACUGCGAAAGCACCACCUCAAGCAGCUUAUAUCAUCCCCCGUCCCGGACCAGAAGGUCACGUUGUCCUGGGUGGACAUUAUCGAGUGGGCGACUGGUCUACCUGCGCAGAUCUCAAGGAGGCCGAACGAAUCUUGAAAGACUGUUAUAACCUUUGUCCGAGACUAGCCGGACCCAACGGUCGUUCGUGGAGGGACAUCGAAGUGAUAGCUCAUAAUGUCGGAUUAAGACCUGCUAGAGAAGGUGGAGCAAGAGUGGAAUUGGAACAUCGACAAAUUGGUAAAAAAGGUUUUACCUCUAUCAAUCCAACGACGGUAAAUGAUGAUAUGGGAAGGAAAGUUGCGGUUGUUCAUGCUUAUGGUGUGGGUGGUGCUGGAUUCCAGAAUUCCAUGGGUCUAGCUGUUAAAGUAUCAGACCUCGCUGUUGGAUAUCUCAAGAGCUCGUCAUCUAACAGAGCUAGAUUGUAG